CAAAUAUUUAUGGUGAUCAUGAAUGACAAUGAACUUGAAAGAUCAUUUCUCCUUUACGUGUUUUCUGGACGAUCAUUUGCGAAAGAAAGAUCGAGAUCUCCUGUGUUGAAGGGUGGAUGAGAUGGUAUGAACGUUCGGUGGUAAGAAGUCAGGCUCAGGCCCCAGUCAUUGUCGAACACACCACGCAAACUCCUCCGCCACUUGUAUCUAUCAGGUCUUGGUGUAGUUCAUGACGUGUUUAGUUUUUUUACCCCUGACCCUGACCCCGUCCCGCAGAAAGUUUGUUGUUUGCGCAAAAUUCUUUAUCCGCCUACGCUCCAAAACCAAAUUUUUAUUUUUUGCGCUUCUUUGUUCUAGUGGAAACCGAAACGAGAACGACAUCAAAAGUUUUAGGUUUAGGGGGAGAAUAGUUCUGUAGAUUCGUUACCGCCCGACCUCCUUGUCCUUAUUUGCGCGCAUAAUAUACGCCCUCACGUCAUCUCCCAAUUUCGCAAGAAGAAUUAAUCAUGUCGACCUCAACUACGCAGCAAGAUGUCGACAUCGGAUUGGCGCAGCGGAUGAAGGCUGCCACCCUGGGAUCUUGCCUGGUUGCGCUCACGGUGACUCCCCUAGAGGUGAUCAAAGUGCGGAUGCAGACACCCGGUGGGAACGUUGUCCGCCCUUUGACCGGGAACAGCCCGAGCUCCAGUUCCACUGCGAGUAGACCGCCCAUAAUUGCGCACGAUGCUGUCGCGGGUGCUGACGUCGGCAUUAAGGGCAGCCAUAACAAAACCACAUUGAUUAGCAGCGCUACUCCUAGUGCAACAACGUCUUCUAGUAUUUCCGCGGCAGCACGAGCGGGAGCAGCUGAGCCAGUGGCGAAAAGUAGAACGACAGGCUUCAUUUCCAAAUCCCUCUCGUCGCGCAUCGUUAAUCUGUCGGACGGUAUUCGAGACCAAUGGGUGCGGAUUCCCAGCUCGUCGAACACAAUUCAGGCACACAAAGUAACGACUGCAACGACGACCCCGAAUCUUCAUGGGACCAACGGUGCACCAACUAAAGAAUCGGCCCCAGGUGGCACAACUGUGCACGGCGAAAAACCCCGAGCCGUUCCAGUUGGUCAACACGCUACUCCUGCUACAGCAACACCUGGAGCUUCAAGUGCUGCGUCCGGAGCAUCUUCGAGAACUACGGGCGCAGCUCCCAAUCCGCCAGCCGCAGCACGUAUUCAAGGCUUCGUUUCGUCUUUCUCCUCGGGCCGUCGCACGAACAACAUGUACCAGACGUUUAAGCACGUGGUGCGGACGGAAGGGUUUCAAGCUUUGUAUCGCCCCAUGUGGCCAGCGUUGCUGAUGUCGAUUCCGGGCAACGUGCUGUAUUUCGUUUCGUACGAGAUGGGCAAGGAGUGGCUGGAGCAGGACAUCGUGCAAGGCGGGCUGGUGCGCAAGGUAUCCACGUCACUCGGGAACGUCGGAGUUGGUGAUUCUUCAUCACAUGAUCUGGGUGCCAGCACAGGUGGAGGUGCGCAAGGAAACAAGAACUCAGCGGAUGAAAGUAGAGGCACAGCAGCUAGUUCUCCUUCUGCCGCCUCUAGUACAACUUCGGCGUCCCAUUUAUCAAAAACAUCCCCUCCCUCCUCGACCUCGGCCUUCCUUCACGCCUACCUUCCCGCGGCAGCCAUCGCCGGCUCCCUGGCCCGCACGGUCACGGUGUUUUGCAUGGCGCCUUUCGAAAUAGUGCGGACGCGGUUAGGCGCGGCGAACUACGGCGGCGUCGCGCAGACGGUGGCCGAGCUCUACAGCACGCAGGGGCUGCGCGGCUACUGGAAGGGGCUGCAGCCAACACUGCUGCGGGACGUGCCGUUUUCCGGGCUGUAUUGGGCGAGCUACGACUUUUUGAACCGGAAAUUGCGCACCACCGUGUGCGGCGCGCGACCACCACCGUCCGUCAAAACUACUACGAGCGGGGGCGAAGACAGAGAUCAAGCAACGGGAACAACGGGCGCGGAGCUUGUGUUUUCCUUCACGGCCGGAGCGACAAGCGGCGCGUUCGCGAGUGUCUUGUCGCAUCCGUUUGAUGUGCUGAAGACCCAGCGUCAGGUCGCGGACUCGAACUACCUGGUCGGUGGAAGCGGCGCGGCCGCGAGGCUGGGGGGCGGGACGUCGACACUGGCGGCGUUGCGCGACCUGCAGCGACGUGGCCAGUUGUUUGCAGGCUUGGCUCCGCGGGUCUUGCGCGCGGCUCCGGCCUGUGCAAUCAUGAUCUCCUCAUACGAAUAUGUGAAGCGCAAUCUCUGAUGAUGAAUCGCAGCGCAAUUUGCAAGCGGGAACAUUUAUUUUUGACCACGUCGGUCGGUCGUGCUUUGCAGCACAGGUGAUGGUCGUGAGCAACACUGACGAACAGUCAACUAGAAGUGAAAGCGAAGAGUAGCAGCGAUCCUACCAUGUUCAUGAAGAGGUUCAGAAGGCGCGUGUGACUUCUCUUGGAAGCUGCAAGGGGGUAGCAUUUGGAGAAAC